AUGGCGUCGUUUGAUGAAGCACCACCAGGAAACUCAAAGGCCGGUGAGAAGAUCUUCAGGACCAAGUGCGCUCAGUGUCACACAGUCGACAAAGGCGCCGGUCACAAACAAGGACCGAACCUAAACGGUCUGUUUGGGAGACAGUCUGGGACAACAGCAGGUUACUCUUACUCUGCUGCUAACAAGAACAAAGCUGUUGAAUGGGAAGAGAAGACCUUGUACGAUUACUUGCUCAACCCCAAGAAGUACAUUCCUGGAACUAAGAUGGUCUUCCCUGGGCUCAAGAAGCCACAAGAGCGUGCUGAUCUCAUCGCCUACUUGAAGGAAGCUACUGCUUAG